AUGGCAGCAGCACCUGCAGAACGGGCCCCAGAGUGGAGAGAGCUGGAGGAGGGCGAAGAGACGGAACCAGAGGUACACGAUCCACAAUCCCAGGCCUGGAAACUUGCUCACAGGACUAGGACUAAGGAAACACUUCCCAACGGGUCGGUAAUGCUUGACGGCAAAGAAGUUAUCCAAAUUAGAGCCACGGGCCUGUACGAAUGGGAUCGCUCAAAAAUGAUGGACCUCGACAUUGGUCGCGGAGCAAGCAGCUCGGUCCACAGAGUCAAGUCUGGCAUUAUUGUCAAAGUUCCACGUCAAAAGUGGUGGGGUGGUGACCCAAAGGAUAUGGAGGUCUACGGUGGACCUGGAUAUGCUAAAGAGGUUUUCGAGAGGGAAGAGGAGAUUUUGAACCGACUAGGCGUUCAUCCCAGGAUAAUUCGAGGGCUUUUGUUCGAAGAAGCUAGUCAUGGAUCACUGUGGGACUACAUCAAAUCAACCGACAAUAAGAUCGAAUUGUUAUUGCGCUUAAAAUGGCGAUCCCAGGCAGCGGAGGCGGUCGAGUAUCUCCACCAAAAUGGUAUACUCCACUGCGAUAUUCGGCCCGACAACUUCUUACUCCACGGCAAUUCGGAGCAAACUCUCGAUCUUCUGAUCUGCGAUUUUGGUGGUUCAACAAUUGAUGGCCGAAGAGGUGUGAGCUCUCCAAGUGCGGGCUUUGCCAACCCCAAAAACGAUCCUUUCGACUUUGUGGACAUGACGGCCUUCACACCAGCAAUGGAUAUUUUUGCUCUAGGAACCACCUUUUAUGCCAUCAUGACGGGUUACGACCCUUAUAGAUCCUCAAGGAGAGAGCUAUGGACAUUCAAAGAUGUGUUGGGCUAUGCGGCUCUGGUCAAAAGGCGUUUCAGUACCAAGGACUUCCCUCCCACCGAUGAUCUAGUUGGAGGUAAUGUAAUUGUGGGAUGUUGGAACGAGGAUUACCAUGACAUGAAAGCCCUGAUCAAAGCCCAGGAACAUUGUUUUGAGAAGCUUGGUCUUGAGAUAUCCCACAGGAGGCCAUGUUAA